GGCGCUCGGGCGGCUCGGCGGCAGCUGCUGGGCGCCCGCGGCGCUGGGAUCGCCGGACCUCGGUGAGGGUCCGAACCCGCGGCGCGUACCCGAGCCCGGCGGGUGUCCGCGCCCGCAGAGCGGGGAUGAGGGCGCCAGCGCUGCUGCCCUUCGGGCUCCUGACCUGCUGCUGCUGGCUGCUCGCUCCCGUGAACAGCAUUCACCCAGAAUGCCGAUUUCAUCUAGAAAUACAGGAGGAAGAAACAAGAUGUGCAGAGCUUGUAGGGGUUCAAACAGAAAAUUACAAAGCCUGCCCUGGAGUCUGGGACAACAUCACAUGCUGGCCCCCAGCAGACCUAGGCGAGACCGUCACAGUGCCCUGUCCAAAAGUGUUCAGCAAUUUCUACAGCAAAUCAGGAAACAUAAGCAAGAACUGCACAAGUGAUGGGUGGUCAGAGAUGUUUCCAGAUUUCAUAGAUGCAUGCGGCUUCCACGACCCUGAAGAUGAGAACAAGAUCAUGGUUUACGUGCUGGUGAAGGCCACGUAUACCCUGGGCUACAGCGUCUCUCUGAUUUCCCUUACAACCGGAAGUAUAAUUCUCUGCCUCUUCAGGAGGCUGCACUGUACCCGCAACCACAUCCACCUGAACCUGUUCCUCUCCUUCAUCCUGAGAGCCGUCUCGGUGCUGGUCAAGGAUGACGUUCUGUACUCCAGCUCCGGCAGGCAGCACUGCCCCGACCAACAGUCCUCCUGGGUUGGCUGCAAGCUGAAUCUGGUGCUCUUCCAGUACUGCGUCAUGUCCAACUUCUACUGGCUGCUGGCCGAGGGGCUGCACCUGCAUGCCCUCCUGGUGGCCAUGUUCCCCAGCCACCGCUUCACAGCCUACCUCCUGAUUGGAUCGGGUGUCCCCACCAUCUGCACAGGGGCGUGGGCAGCCACCAGGCUCUCCUUAGAGGACACAGGUUGCUGGGAUACCAACGACCACAGCAUUCCCUGGUGGGUUAUACGAACACCAAUUUUAAUGUCUAUUAUAGUCAACUUUGUCCUUUUUGUUAGUAUUAUACGAAUUUUACUGCAGAAGUUGACGUCCCCAGAUGUCGGUGGCAACGACCAGUCACAGUAUAAGAGGCUGACCAAGUCCACGCUGCUGCUCAUCCCCCUGUUUGGAGUCCACUACGUGGUGUUUGCGGUGUUUCCCAUCGGCAUCUCCUCCACAUACCAGAUCCUGCUCAAAUUGUGCAUCAGAUCGUUUCAGGGCCUGGUGGUGGCAGUGCUCUACUGCUUCCUCAACAGCGAAGUGCAGGGCAAGCUGAGAAGGAAAUGGCGAGGCCUGUGCCGGAGUCAGCCCUCCAGCCGGGACCACAGGUUCCACGGCUCGUCCUCCUGGAGGAACAGCUCAGAGAGCACCCUGCCAUGCCCCCAGGGCUCCCGCGCCCCAUCCUUCCUGCAGACAGAGACCUCGGUCAUCUAGCCGGCAGGCAGGGGCUAGCAGUCCCUGCGAGCAUUGUUUGGCCGCACAGACAGACCCAUUUUCAAAGACAGCAGAGGACCACGUGGCCCCUGAAACGAGUUGCAGGGGGCCAGAAGGGGCCCAGCCGCUGCAGAAGGAAGACAAGGGACUCUCUAAUGUCAGUACCUGCUCUGGGCAGGGAGCCCAGGCCUGAGCUGGGUGCUGGCCAGUGACCUCCCUCUGCGCAAGCCUACCUCUGCCCCCUGCCUGUAUCACAUGUGCACAGAGACUGGCUCAGGACUUCCCAUGAAGUUACUCCUGCAAGCCUGUUAACCCAGCCCACCUGGGCACCUCUGCCCAUCUGUCCCCAUGCCUGGAGUCUAGCUCAAACCACAGUCUCUCCACUCCCUGCUUCUCCGCCAGGAGAGACACCCACCCCAGGGAAAGUGCAUGGAGGAUGUCCCCCAGGGAGCACGUCACCCCAGGGCCCCUCAGCCCCAGAACACAUGUCUCAGGGACCACAGCAGGGGAGGCCACCAGUGGUGGUGGAGGCCUGCUCUGCUGCAGACACACCAGGUGGCUGCCCAGCUGUGUGUCUUUGGUGUGUGAGUGCCACACCCGGUGAAGCCUGGGCCAGGAGCUGGCAGAGCCAAGCGGCAGUGUCCGGGGACCUCCUAGCUGUUACCAGGUCCCCAUGCCUGUCAUGGCUGCUGCCAGGCCCUGGUGUUAGUGGUGCCAUGGGGACAGUGACAUACCGAGGCCCAUGCACGGGAACCAGUCUACCCUUCCUGGGAAAGGGAAAAUGGUGCAGAAAGUAUUUACUAACAGCCAGUGGAGCUGGUGACCACAGAGUCAAGGUGUGUCAUU